AUGUCUAUGUCUAAUUACAAUAUGAAUGAUAAAGAAAAUAAGGCACCACAUUCACGUGAUGCAGACAAGAAGCGGAAAGUAGCUGAAGAGGCUCAUGAGACGCGUUUGGCAUAUGAUCGAAAUAAUAAAAACAAUAAGCGACGUAAAAUAGCUGAAAAGACUCAUGAAGAACUUGAGACGCGUUUGGUGGCUGAAGAGGAGGCUCAGCGUGCUUGUGCACAUAAAAAAUAUUUAUUAAGAAAGUCUAGAGAAACUCCCCAAUAA